AUGUGUUUUGUUAAAUUGAUUGGUGGUGUUUCAUUCAGGUUUGUGAUGGCUUCUUGGACGCUAAUGCUUUUAAAUGGUUGUGCUGCUUUAGUACAUGCAGACAAUGAAAUCUUUGGUUUUGGUUACAUGGACUGCUUUGAUUUGACACUAAACAUAACCUUUGAGGCUGCAAUCAAGGUAUGCCCAAGAAGCUUCAACUAA